AUGUGCCGCCUCGCCAGCACCGGCUGCGAUUGUGCCUUUACCAAAGCCACCAGCAACGGCUAUGGCUGUGCUUGGCUUUCCGGUACUUGCGUCUCCCGUUCCACGGCAGACUCUGCUGCCACAUCCUGCGAUGCUUGCCCCACGCAAGUGAGGUGUGGCACACCAGUGCUAUACACCAUCACACCGAACGCAGGAACGCUGAUGGGUGAAAUGGGCGUUUGGUCCCUUCAGGUCUUCUUUGACCGCGACAUUUACACACAGUUCAAGGUGGACGACACCGGCAUCGCAAUGAGAUGUAACACCUGGGAACCCACUGGGGGAACCGUGUAUCGCCUGGGAUCGCACAAAUUGGCAGUGCGGAACAACAUCCUGGAGAUCGAUUUAAGGAAUGUGGUCAGCAAUAAAAGGAAGACCUGUGUGUUGAGCAUCGCGGCCAAUGUCCUAAGAUCCGUCAGAUCCAACCUGCCUUAUGGUGGCAUUAACGAUGGAGGAUACUUUGUCUUUUUGCCUGAUACAGAGGAACCCACGGUGUCGGAGUACCAUCCAGCGAACAGCGCACGAGGAUUGGGCCGAGAAGUGGAGGUGAGCUUCACCUUCACGGAACCCAUCUUCCCAAGUCGAGAACCCUCGGCGCAUCAUGUGGAGCUCUACCUCACAGGCAACGUCGCCAAUGCCGGCGAAUUAGAGGAGACCAUUGAAUUUGCAGACGAGCGAAUCUCGCUGAAGGACGACUUGUUUAAGGUGAAGCUGACUCGUUUGGAACCAAGCAAGUUCUAUAGCGUGGUGUUGCCUGCCUUGUUCAUCGUGCUGGGUGUGGGUUUGCCAUUUUCGUUGGGAUCGCUGGAGUGCCUCGCUGAAAAAUCGGGAGCCAACAAAGCCUAUUUGCAGUUGAUGCGUCCGAAACAAGAGCAAAGGAGCUACGCAGGCGGCGCGGAGUUCGGUGCUGCCGCAACGGUUUCGGUUUCCCCCGGAUUUCCAGCAGAUCCUAUGCGCCUGGAAGACCCGGACGAUGGCUUUUACACACAGAAACCUGCCGUGGAUGAAGCAGCAAGAGCUGAAGGCAGCACCGCUGUGGAAAUGUUCCGACAACAGCACCAUGUGACCGUUGCGUGGGAUGCCUCCAUAGGCCUGGAACACAGCAGCUCGAACCUCUCUGCCAGCCAUGGUCUCCAUGGAGGUCAUAGCCAUGGUCUUGGUAGCCAUGGUCUCAAUGGAGGUCACAGCCAUGGUCUCCAUGGAGGUUACAGCAGUCACCAACUGCAGGCUCGAAGCGUGAGUCCGCACAACAGCCCCCGGCCUAGUGCCAGCCCCCGGCCUAGUGCCAGCCCCCGGCCUAGUUCCAGCCCCCGGCCUAGUGCCAGCCCCCGGCCUAGUUCCAGCCCCCGGCCUAGUGCCAGCCCCCGGCCUAGUGCUCUCACAGAUGAAGGUUUUGGAUCUCGGAGUGGUUCACAAGUGGCCGCACUCUAUGCCCGGGGCCAAGGUGCCCAGUUGGCACUUCCAGGUUCCGUGCCCAAGGCGGGACGGUCCAGUCCCUCAUCCAAAGAUCCCGCCGGAGGUCGCGAUCCGUCGAAGAAGCUGACGAAGAGCAGUUCCAAGAUGUCCGUCCAAAGCUUUCACGACGGCGGCAGUGGCAGCGCGUCUGCGACGAAAGUGCAAGCGCCGGCGGCGCAACGGGCACGACCACGAGCACCAGGUGGUGCUCCUCAGGCUCAGAUGCCCUCGGAGCCGUCACCGGAGCUCGCAGGGGUCCACAAGAUGUUGGAGAGAGGAAGCUCCAAUAUGAGUCUCAGCGGGUCCUUCAAGGGGCCCCUCGUGGCCGGAGCCGCCGGAUCCACCGUGUCCACCUUGGCCGAGAGUGCGGCGGUGAGCCGCAGCAUGAGCAAAGCGCUGCGUUCCAACUCCCGACCCUUGAGUCGUGGGCAGCAAGCGCCGGUCCGUCGCACGGAGCAGCGUUAGGUGUGCAAUUGACAUCCAAUGACUCGUGACUCGGCGUGAGUCGCAUGGCCGGGCUUUUGCUGGGCAUCAGACCGACUGGUGGGCGACUGAGCAAUACGGC